AAAGAUUAGGUUUUAGAGCAAAAGUCUUCAGACAUCACUGAAGAUCAGCUAGGGUUUGGCACUAAUUGUUUUCUUCAUCCUCAAAAAAAUAAUCUCGGGACCGGAGUGAGUAAUGGCGACUUUGAACCCUUUCGAUCUGUUGGACGAUGACACAGAGGAUCCAAGCCAGCUCGCUGCGGCUAAGCCAUUGAAGGUAGAGAAAGCUGCUCCAGCUCAGCCUGCUAAGUUGCCUACUAAGCCUCUUCCUCCUUCUCAAGCCGUGAGGGAAGGCAAGAACGGUCCUGGUGGAGGUCGCGGUGGUGGAGGCCGUGGUGGUGGCCGUGGUAAGAGUGGUGGAUUCAACAGGAACGGUGAUGCUCCUGCUAAUGAAAACGGAUACGGUGGAGGCUACAGACGCUCAGAAGAAGGAGAUGGAGGGAGACGUGGUGGGUCUGUUGGUGGAUACCGUGGUGGUCGUGGUGGUGGUGGUGGUGGUCGACGUGGAGGAUACAACAAUGGAGAGUCUGGUGACUUUGAACGCCCACGUAGGAACUUUGACCGCCAGAGUGGAACAGGUCACGGAAACGAGUUUAAACGUGAUGGAGCUGGCCGUGGCAACUGGGGAACCACUGAGGAUGAGAUCCCUCCGGUGACUGAAGAAUCCACAGCAGUGGUGGAGAAGGAUGUAGCUGUUGAAGGUGAAGCAACUGAUGCAAACAAAGAGACACAUGUUGAAGCUCAAGCAGAAGAGAAAGAGCCUGAGGACAAGGAGAUGACUCUGGAGGAGUAUGAGAAAGUUUUGGAGGAGAAGAGGAAAGCUCUGCAGGCCACCAAGGUUGAGGAGAGGAAGGUUGACACAAAAGCGUUUGAGGCCAUGCAACAGCUCUCUAGCAAAAAGAGCAACACCGAUGAGGUCUUCAUCAAACUGGGAACAGAGAAGGACAAGCGCCCAGUUGAGAAAGAAGAGAAGACCAAGAAGUCGUUGAGCAUAAACGAGUUUCUGAAACCUGCCAAUGGCGAGAGUUACAGAGGUGGUUACCGUGGUGGAAGGACAAGCCGUGGACCAAGAGAGGGAGCUGACAGAGGAGGUCGUGGACCAAGAGAAGGAGCUGACAGAGGUGGUCGUGGACCCAGAGGAGCCGACAGAGGUGGUCGGGGACCAAGAAGAGACAACGGAGGAGGAGACCAGAAGGCUGCUGCACCCAAAUUUGUGGCUCCUGCACCAAAGAUUGAAGACGCCGCACAGUUCCCUACUCUAGGAAAGUAAGGCUCUCUCCGGUUUGUUGGUCCCUUCAGCCUGUGUCCGGACUCUUUUAGUUUUUUUUUUUUUUUUUGUAAUCUCUCUCGCCCGGUUUGGAUUUUGUGCUUCUGAUUCUAUUGUUAUACACUGAAAGCUUUUUGUUCUCUACGAACCCAAGUUUGGGAGCGCUUUUUAAUGAGGCAGAAAACAAAAUUUUCGUUUUC